AAUUCUCAAGAUCUGCCGGCUGAGAAUAAUUAUGCUAAAUUGUCAAUGGAAGUGGAAAGCCUAAAACAAUCACUUGAUAUGCUGAAGAUGAAAGUGGAUGGCGGAUUACACCCUUCUAUGUCUCAAAAAUAUGCCGAACGAGAAAAAUAUCGCAAUCAAAGUAAACCAAUUUUUGAUGCUCGAGUAGAUGAACUGCCAAUGGAAUGCCAUCCAGCACCCUCCAACUGUGCCAUGGCCACAGCUUGCACUGAAACCAGUGGCUAUUAUAAUAUAACCAUUGCCCGUUAUCGGAAUCAUACAUUUCAAGCAUUUUGUGAUUAUCGCACCAAGGGAGGUGAUUGGUUACAUAUUUUACAACGUAUCGAUGGUUCGGAAAAUUUCAAUCGGCCCUGGGAGGAUUAUGUGAAUGGUUUCGGCUCCGUGGAUGGUGAAUAUUGGAUUGGUUUGGAAAAUCUUUACGCUCUGACCAAUUACGAUGGACCCCAGGAACUAUAUGUGUAUAUGCAUAAUUUUAGUGGCUCAAUGCGUUAUGCACGCUAUGAUCAUUUAGUCAUUGGCGGCGCGGAGGAGAAAUAUAAAUUAAAGUUGCUGGGUAAAUACACCGGUAAUGCAGGGGAUAGUUUGUCAUAUUCGGUGGGUGCGGCAUUUAGCACC